AUGAGGGCCCUCAUUCUGCUUGCCCUACUGGCCCUGGCCACACUCUGCCUCACUGGCUGGACAGAUGCGAAGCCCAGCGGUGCAGAGUCCGGCAAAGGUUCAGCCUUUACAUCCAAGCAGGAGGGCAGCGAGAUGGUGAAGAGACUCAAGCGCUACCUGGACCAUGGCCUGGGAGCUCCAGCCCCCUACCCAGAUCCCCUGGAGCCCAGGAGGGAAGUGUGUGAGCUCAACCCCAACUGUGACGAGCUGGCUGACCACAUUGGCUUCCAGGAGGCCUAUCAACGCUUCUAUGGCACGGCCUAGGGCGUCUCCAUGCGGCACAGCUCUAGCUCUG